AUGUCGAACACAGAUGAAGCCUCUAAACCUUUCACCACCAAAACGAACACCACAGAUAGUGUCGUCGGCCGCGUCCAUGAAUCUGCUAGUCAUGCACGCGAGAAGAUAGCCCAACAGCUCCAACCCGGAGAUACAAAUGCAACGACUCGUCGCAUGUCAGAUACACCCGGUAAUGACAGUAUCUGGCAAUUCGGACAAGGUGGUUCGAGAGAAGAGAGAGACUAUGGGCUGGAGAGGGAUAAGUCUAUGCUGCAGUCAGCGCAAGAGACGGUUGCUAAGGCUCUUGGGGGAGGCUCUCGUGGUGCAGAUUAA